CACCACUUUCCAUAAACAUUUUUCUUUUUUAAAUAUCUGGAAAAAAAAAACAAGAAAGUGUAAAAAAACACAAACACACAUACCAGUAGUUCCCAGAUCUGUUUGCUGACGACAGACAGACAUCAUGAAAGCCAUAAACCUCUUCAAGAAGAAAACAACACCCAAAGAUGCGUUGAGGGAGAGCAAAAGAGAUAUGGCUGUCGCCACACGGGGUAUUGAACGUGAAAUAGCAUCCUUACAGAUGGAGGAGAGGAAAUUAGUGGCUGAAAUUAAAAAAACAGCCAAGACUGGAAACGAGGCUGCCACCAAGAUAUUAGCUCGCCAGCUUGUGCGCCUUCGACAACAAAUAACAAAUUUGCAGGGGAGCCGUGCACAGAUCAGAGGCGUAGCAACUCAUACACAGACUCUGUAUGCGAACACUUCGAUUUCUACUGGAAUGAAGGGUGCAACAAAGGCAAUGGUUGCUAUGAACAAGGAAAUGGCCCCUGCUAAACAGAUUAAAGUAAUUAAAAGCUUCCAGAAGGAGUCUGCUCAGCUGGAUAUGACGAUUGAGAUGAUGUCCGAGUCCAUUGAUGAAACUUUAGACAAAGACGAGGCUGAAGAGGAAACCGAGGAGCUUACAAACCAGGUGCUUGACGAGAUUGGCGUAGGCGUUGCAUCACAGUUAUCUUCAGCGCCAAAAGGUCGACUUGGACCCAAGAAAGUUGAAAACGCUGCUCCCAGUUCUGUGUCGAAUGAUGUUGAUGAUCUUGAAAAGAGACUUGCCUCUCUUCGACGCAUAUGAUCCAGAAGCAUUGCAUACAUGAGAGCUCUAGUUUGGUGAGGAUCCGAAGUCUUAGUUUCAAUGUAUAGGUUAUUUUGUAUCGUCUACAUACUGUUAUUAUAAUGAACAUCAAAAUAUAUUAUCCUUUUCUAGAUUGUGACCUAUGAGCUAUAUAUGCAUAUUACAUUCUGUCA